CAUCUCCUUCCCUCUUAGCUCUUUCUCUCUUUUCAUUUGCACAGGCUGCCUCCGCGAGGGAGCAACGGCAAUGGCGGCGGCGGAUGUGGUGGUGGAGGAGGUGAUCAUCGUUGGCGCGGGGCAGUCAGGCCUCGCGGCGGCGGCGUGCCUGUCGCUGCGCGGCGUGCGGAGCCUCGUGCUGGAGCGCGACGACUGUGUGGGCUCGCUGUGGCGGCACCGCACCUACGACCGCGUCCGCCUCCACCUCUCCAAGCAGUACUGCGCGCUGCCGCACGCGCCGCACCCCGACGACGCGCCGACCUACCUCCCCCGCGACGACUACGUCCGGUACCUCGACGGCUACGCCGCGCGGUUCGGCGUCCGGACGCGGCUCCGCCGCGAGGUCCGCGCCGCACGGUUCGACAAAGGGCGAGGGCGGUGGGAGGUCGAGGCCGUCGACCUCGCCACCGGCGAGACCGAGCGGUACGCGGCGAGGUUCCUCGUCGUGGCGGCCGGGGAGAACGACGAGAAGUUCGUGCCGGAGGUGCCCGGGCUGGAGGGGUUCCCGGGGAAGGUGAUACACUCCAGCGAGUACCGGUCGCCCGAGGGGAUGCGGGGGAAGGCCGUGCUCGUCGUCGGCUGCGGCAACUCCGGCAUGGAGAUCGCCUACGACCUCGCGGACGCCGUCGCCGUCACAUCCAUCGUGGUCCGUGGUGAGCUUCACCUGGUGAGCAAGGAGAUCUGGAACGUGGCGAUGGUGCUGUACCCGUACCUCCCCGUGUGGCUCAUCGACAAGCUGGUGCUGCUCAUGUGCGCCGUCGUCUUUGGCGACACCGCCCGGUACGGUCUCCGCCGCCCCGCCGUUGGGCCCUUCACCAUGAAGCUCACCACCCCCGUAUACCCCGUCAUCGACGUCGGCACCUACGCCAAGAUCAAGACCGGCGAGAUAUGUGUCCUCCCCGCUGCCGUCAAGAGCGUCCGCGGCAACGUCGUCGAGUUUGCCGACGGGAAGCGCCACCCCUUCGACGCCAUGGUCUUCGCCACCGGGUACCGGAGCACCGUCAGACGGUGGCUCAAGAGCGAUGACGGGCUGAUCGGCGACGACGGGAUGACGGCGCGGAGCUACCCGGAGCACUGGAAGGGGGCGAACGGGCUGUACUGCGCGGGGAUGGUGAGGAGGGGCAUCUACGGCAGCGGCGAGGACGCAGAGCUCAUCGCCGACGACAUCAGCAAGCAGCUGCGCCCCCAAGCCCAGUAGGGCGAGCCAGACGUCCACGCCCACCGCAACGGCUCCUAGAGCUGGCUGUCUGACAUCCGUCGGAUGCGGAGGCGAUGGCGAUCACCUCAACAACUGUCCCAUUACUAGUACUAGCUUGUGAAUGCUGAUAAUAAGAAGAAAAAAUAAAUAUGAAAACGGAGAGACAGCAAGACGCUGUCCUGAGGGCUUUGUUUGCUGGAA